AUGAAACUUUCCGAUAUGGCUAUGACCAAUGAUGAUGGUAUAGCACUUGAUCUAAGUAUAGUAUUUAUACUAUUCCUAUUGCCUAAUCUCAUCCUGAUUUGUCUCACUAUUCUCAAUGCAUGCAUUCUUUAUCUGUCCAAGACCUACCCUCAGCUAAAUCAUUGUCUGGGAAAAUUGGCUAACUUUUUUGCCAACGGUGCUCUGGACAGAAUCAUCGGAAAUGUUGUCAAACGUAUCGAAAUACAAAAACGUCAACAUCUAAACCAAAUACUCGUUACACAACCAUCUCGCGUAAAUUUACGAGCAGAUCCUUUGAUUUUCAAACGAUCGCCUUCGAGCAAUUCAUCCAAUUCCAUUGUCACGAAAGAAUACGAUGCCAAUUACCUUCUUCUAGUACCUUUCCAACUUGAUCUACUCCUCACCGUGUUAGUCUACAAAAUCUUAACACGGGAUGUUUAUUUCGAAACGUGUCAAACAUACUUAACUACUUAUCAUAAUCGACCAGAUCAAGUUGUCUGUUGGUUGAAAAACAUCAAUAGAAAUGUUUCGAAUUCAAGCGAAAAUACCACUCUCGUUCAAUACUGCCUCAAUCAAACGAUUACUCUCAUUAAUUAUGAACAUAACGACGUCAUAUGUGCACAAUAUGUUUUCAAACUAAUCAAUAUCAUUGACACGGUAACGAAUAUAUUCGCCUGGCAUCAAGCUAUUGUAUUCACUGUUACUAAAUCCAUUGUUUUUUGUUAUUGGUAUCAACAACAUUUAUGUAAAUUCUCUUGUUGGUUGAGUCUCUUCAAAUAUGAACGUCGGAUCAUUGUGUCAGCAGUCUUUGGUUUGAUUUUAGCAAUUUAUAUCAUCAUCUUCAUCGUUCUACUACCUCUUCAUUUUAUCAAUGUUGAGCGUCAACGUAUAGAUUUAACUCGUCAUUUGGCAUAUGCUUGUUCGAAAUUUCUGGUCGGAAUUGUUGUGCAUGUUAAUAUUUAUACGCUUUAUCAAUGGCAAACAUUGGUCGUGCAGAAACAACGGAAGUUGUCAAUUCAAAGAAGAAGAUAUUCCGUUGUCAAUCGGCCUAAUGCGAUUUCAAGCAGUAUACCUGCUUCUGACCAAGAUUCAGCAGUUAAUAACGGACAUCAAAUCACUUCUAUGUAA